AGUAGCCAAUCAACGCACUUGAUAAAUAGCGUGACAAAUAGCGGAGGAAUUUUUGAAAUUUUCUUCCGGCAGUUCUGUUUAUGGCGUCCGUAUCAACUGUAGCUCUACCAGGGUUGGGGUAUUAUUUCUGGUUCUACUGGACGCUUUGUAAUUCAACGUUAAAUCGCCUGGGUGAAUUUUGCAAAGUGGCAAGGUAUAAUGGAUUACCCUGUUGAAAGUUUAGAAAAAACUCCCGAUAUAGAGUGGAAGGCAACACUCGACAAGCUACUUAAUAUGCAAUGGCUGAAAAAUACAUCUUAUUCAGCAAAUCCUGAAAAAAUAAAAGCGGUUGUCUACAAGCAAGCGCACAACCAGGAUGUUGACCAGAAUAAAGAAAUAGAGGCACAGGCUGCAGAACUGACAGAAACCAUUAAGAUACGUUUAGCCAAAGAACGUGAUAAAUAUACAUGUGAAACACAUUUAUCUAAUGAUACAAUGCCAGAAAAGGACGAGAAUAUAUGGAACAAGGAUAUGAUUACCGAUUUGUUUCCGAAUGCUGAUAAACUGGAUGAGCAAAAGAAUGAAGAGGAUAUGCUAAGUAUCGUGGAAAGUAUUGUAACAGCGAAACUUGAGGCUGAGUUUUGUGUAAGCGAAGAAAAUGAAGAUCAGUCAAGUACAUCUGAGAAUAAAGAUAUUACACAGGACGCGGUGUGUACAAAUGUAUCUGAUUUACAAAAAACUGGAGAUGGAGAGCUCAAGUUGAUAAAACAUUCUGAUGGCAAUAACAAUGAUUCCAGUUCUGUAAUACCAUGUAUGCCUAACGCGAACGAGAAACAGAACUCAACUUGCAAUACAACUGGUAGAGAAAACAAUCAAGUUUCAACAGAAGAAAAGGACAAAGAUAAAUAUAUGAAAACUAAUAAUAUAACAAAAACGAAUAUUAAAAUUGAAAAUACAAAUUUAACUAAAGACACUGAAAAGUCUUCUAUACUUAAUAGUGAUUCUAAGAAUUCAAAAUCCUCAAGCAUUACUGAUAAGAAUGCCAAAGAUUACCUAAGUAAUAAACAUAAUGCAAAAAAUAACACAAGGAAAGAAUUUGUAAAACAACGAAAUUCAAGAAGCGGAAUAAAAAAGGAGACAAAAAAUAUUUCUGCAAAACCAAACUUGGUAAAAGCAGGUAACGAAGCUACUGAUACAUGUCAAAGUAAAAAUUUGACCAAAGAUAAAACUUCACAGAAACAUACGUCAAAACAAUUUGCAUCGAAAUUGAAGGGUCAAGAUUCUCUUGGGAAGAAUGCAUCUACGCCUAAUUCUUCUGAUGAUAAAAAUAGAACAACACCUGAAAAGUUGGACUCGCCAUUAAAUGAAUCUGAAAAGAAAAAUGAAAAGCUUGUUAAUGAAAGAAAUUUGCAUAGCGAUCAAAAAGCAACUCGUGUUGAUUUUAGAAAAAAUUCUACAUUUGUCUCGCAAUAUAAACAUUCAACAUUCUCAAAAUGGACACAUAAUAUUCCGAAAACAGGACAAGCUUCGACGCAUGGAAGAAAUUCAUCAUAUAUGUACAAUAACCCGAAAUUUGGCAAGUAUCGUAAUGGCGGUUUUGAACGUGUAACGAAGAAAGAGCACACACCUGCUAACACGUUAACAAAAUCAUCUAUAGGAACUGAAGAACUUGACACCAAUUUGGAAAGUUGUACAAAUCAGAAAAGAGAAAUAAUUCCACCAGCAGAUGUAAAAUCGACAUGUGAAGUAGAUACAGUGGUGUUUAAUAAUACAAACAAUGUAAAUUCUGUAAAAGUGGAGACGCAUUUAAUACAAAGUAAGGAAAAUAUGAAUUUAAAUGCUGAUUAUGGGGAACAAGAACCUACAAUAUCAGAACAGCUUUGCGACGAAACGAAUAAUAUCUCUAGAAUCGAUCAACAGUAUGAAGCAACAAAUAACGAAGAAAUGAAUCCGUUUAAACACUCGUCCAAUCUAGCGUUUGAUAACUGUGUUACAGAUUCACAAGUCAACAUGAUGCAUCGUAAUCAGUAUUCAUUGAAGCCAGAAAAUGUGCAACAUACGAAUGAGAUAAAUCAAUUGGAAAGUGGUCAAGCUACUUGGAAUCAAUCAUCUGAUAACGCUGUGCAGAAAGAUGUAACAGUUAUGAGUGUGCAACAGUCUAUUCAAAAUAUGCAUUUUAAUUCACAACAAAUUUUUACUCAAGCAGGAAAUUCAUUGAGGCAAAUGUCACCAUGGGAAUCGAAUACUAGCAAGUUUUAUGAUCAACAUUUUUCAGUUGGUGAUGCGAUGCGAAUGUCGCAGAUUCCGAAUACUUUUAACGCAUCACCCUAUGAAUAUAACGUACAAAUGUCAAAUGAUAAUAUUGUUACGUCUACAUUAGAAACCACAAUGAGCAAUAGAGAAAAUUCAAGUUUGUUGUAUAGAUACGAGCCAAACGUACAACACAAACCUGUUAUGAGCACAGAUUUUCCUGGUCAUUCCAUGUCAUGUCAGACUAAUCAAGUUAGAUGGGAUUCCUCGAUACAAGAUGGUUUCCACGUUGAACAUCCGUAUGUUGUAACACAGCCUACAUUGAUGCACGUUUACAAUCCUGCAGCUUUUGGCCCUGAUGACUUUGAUAAUACGCAUACAAUAGAUUACGUAUCGCAUCCAGUUAUUUAUGCACCAUCCCCAUACAUGCAAACGUGGAACUCGCAGUUAUCACUGCCCAUUAUGUAUAAUUCUCCAUGUACGAAUUAUACCGCCGCAUUCCCUCAUAAUAAUCAGUCAAAUAAUCUCAACUGUAUGCACGACCACACACAGCAGCAUAAACCUUAUGCACAAACGAGCAAUUGUAUUAGAGACAACUAUGAUAUGAAUACUUACGCUGUACAAGAAAGAAACACUGUCAGUAAUAUUCCGAUAAGAUCCAAUUAUCACAAGAAGCAUCAAGACAAUUGUCGAGCAGUUUAUAACGUUCCUGAAUAUGCAGCACCAGUUUCGUAUUCAAGAUCGCAACAAGGUAUGAAUUCUAUGCAACAUGCAACAAUAAAUCAGUACAAUGCACCAUAUUAUCAGCCAAAUCAGAAACAUUAUAAGCAGAACGGUGCGAAUUAUGUGAGAAAUCCGAAAAGUCAAGUACAAGAUUUUGUUUGUGAUGAUAAUAACUCCAAAGAUAUCCCUCCAAUAAUAUCUCCAAAAGAAUUUGUAACGAGCGAUAUAAAUCUUUCGAAUAAAACAGAUCAAUAUACAACACGCGUGUUUAAACCGGAGUUCAAGACUAAAUCAAACUCGACGGGAUAUCGUCCGCCACCCUCUUUGCCAAGAUACAACAAUGGUUUUCGCAGAAAUAUAACUUAUCAAGAUUUUCCAAAAGAAUACACAUAUCCCGUUAGUAUCGGUCGCGGUACAUAUAAAAUGAAAAAAACAUAAAAAUAUCAGAAAUGAAUCAUAAGUUUGUUUCCAAUAUUUUUAUAGCAUAAAAUAUGAGGACAUUUAUAUAAAAAAUUUGUUUUAAAAUAUUCUAUUUCUACUAAAUCUUAUUAAAAAAAUCAAAAAUUUCCGUUAUAUGAUAAGACUGCAGAUGUAUGCACUAUUGUUUAUAUUACAAUGUCUUCUACAAUAUCUCCUUUUCUAUUUUUGAUAUGUUUGAAAAAGAUACGUUUAUUACAUUUUUAUAUAACGAGCAGUUAUAAUAUUAAGAUAGAAAAUUCCUAUUAUAUCUGAUAAGAUGCCAAGAAAACUAAAUGUGUAGGUAUUAAGUUUAAAUUUAUAUAAUAUUGUGAUAUUGGGCAACCCAAAAUGGGUGCUCUCCUUGCACUUAAAGACUCGCUUUAAAUCUUUAUAGAGCUUAAAAUACUAUGUUUAUAAAAAAAUGCAAAGUUUUGUUUAAAUCUGUUUUUACAGAUGGGUUUAGUUACGAAUCGCAAGAUGUGUAAAAAUUGUUAGACUUCGAAACAUCGAUUGCGAGAAAUGUUAUUCAACAAAUACUUAGCAUGUAAGAUUUUCUUAUGUUUAAAGAUUUCUUUAUAAUUUUAAGAUAAAAUGUUUCAGAAAAAUAUACUCUACAUGAACUUUAUUUUUCUAUCUUAUUAUUUUGUUUAAAUAACUGUACUGUUAAUAAAGAGGAUAUAGUUUAUU